AUGCAGUCCCUCGUCUUCCUUAUUACGGCAGUGCUCCUGAUCUUGUCGACGGCGACAGCCGACAAUGUGACGACGGAGUUCAUUCCUCUAUACUACACGUGCAGCGAGGAUGGUGGCCGGUACGGAGAAAACAGCACGUACUUGUCCAACCUGAAGGUGCUGGCCGGGUUGCUCUCGGCGAACGCAAGCACAGCCAACUUCGUCUCCGGCACCGCCGGCCAGGCGCCUGACGCGGUCUACGGCUUCGUGCUCUGCCGCGGGGACUACACCGGCGCCGCCACCUGCGGCAAGAGCAUCUCCAUGGCGUUCCGCAACACCGUCGACAAGGGCUUCCUCUGCCGGUUCUACAAGGACGUGACCAUCUACUACGACGACUACAUGCUCCGCUUCUCCGGCGACGACGUCCGCCGGAACCUCACCAACAGACCGGCAUGGGUCGCGCUGAACAUGAACAGUGUGACUCGUGUCGCCGGCAAGAAUUACGGCGAGAAAGUCGAGAAGCUGACCAAGAUGAUCGUGGAGGUGGCCGCGAGCUCGCCGGCCCGGUACGGCACGGGGGAGGCGUGGGUGGGAGGCAACGACGUCGUCAGCAUGGCCUACGGGCUGCUGCAGUGCACGCCUGACCUCCAGACGGAUGACUGCCGGAGCUGCCUCGCCGAUCUCGUCUCCAUGAUGCCGGCGCACUUCAGCCACGAAUCCAGUGACUACUACGUUGGCGGGAGGAUUCUUGGCCCCCGGUGUAACCUGCGCUACGAGAAAGAGCUUUUCUUCCAGGAGACCAAUGCCACGCUCCUGAUCGAUGUGCCUAAAAACUCAAAAACCAGAAAUGAGCUAGAGGAAUGGACAAGACUGGUUGCUGUGGAGAUAGGAACGAUGUUUACACACUUUACUUUAUCUGAGAUAAGAAGUGCCACUGACAAUUUCUCAGAAGCAAAGAAACUUGGAGAAGGAGCUUUUGGUCCCGUUUACUGGGGUAAAUUAGCUUAUGGAGUUGUGGCAAUCAAAAGAUUAGCAGCAUAUUCAAGUCAAGGUUUGGAACAGUUCAGAAAUGAAAUUAGAUUCAUAGCAAAGCUUCAACAUUUAAAUCUUGUCAAGCUGAUUGGUUUCUGUAUGCAACAAAAAGAGAAGAUACUUAUCUAUGAGUACAUGCCCAACAAGAGCUUAGAUGACAUUUUCAAAGAUGUUGCGAAGUGGGCAUCGCUAACAUGGCCUUUGCGUCAGAAUAUAAUUGAUGGCAUCGCUCAAGGACUUCUUUACAUACACAACUUUUCACAAUCAGAAACAUGCAUUGUCCACAGAGACUUGAAAGCAAGUAACAUUCUAUUGGACCAUCAAAUGAAUCCAAAGAUUUCUGAUUUUGGGAUAGCGAUGCUUAGCUCAAGUGCAACAGAAUCACAAGAUACUGUACCAAUGGGAACACUGUAA